AUGGCGGACGACUCGAAUAAAAUUGAACAGGAGCGAAGGGAAGCCUAUAUUGGAGAGAAACAGAAUCAUCUACGUGAUGGAUAUGGAACCUACAUUUAUAAGAACUCAUUUUUUCGCUAUGAGGGACAGUGGUUGAAGGGAAUAAAACAUGGUCAUGGAAAACUUGUGAUGAAAGAUGGAACAUAUUAUGAAGGACAGUUUGUAAAAGGCGAAAUAAAUGGCAAUGGUUAUAAAUAUUCUGCACAUGCACAGACAAAAUACACCGGGCAGUUUCUCUAUGGAGAAAUGCAUGGGGACGGCUCUAUGAUUUAUAAGAAUGGCAGCGUGUAUGAUGGUCAGUGGUACAGGAACAAGAGACACGGAUUUGGUACCUUGAAUACAAGAAGGACUGAUGAAGUAGUUGUUCAGUUUAUUUUUGCAGACAGUGAAGAAGCUAAUUCAUAUGAUUACACAUACCAUAAUCUCAGUAAUGGUGACAGAUAUGAAGGUCAGUGGGUCAUGGACAAAAGACAAGGUCAUGGAGAGCUGAUGUGUUCAGAUGGUACAAGUUACAAUGGCCAAUUUAUGAAUAAUUUCUUCCAUGGUGAGGGAAUGAUGCGACAUGCUUCAGGUAUAUACUACAGUGGCUUGUGGAUUAAUGGCUACCCAGCCGUUAUGGCAACUAAGAUUGUACUGAUUGGGGAUCAGUCUCCCUUGGUUUUGAGUCAAGGUCAACCUUUCUCUAUUAAAGUGGAAUGCAGAAAUGAUGAGGAUGAACUUGUGCCUGACUCAGCCAGGGAGCUCCAGGUAAUUGCAGGCUUCAAGUACUGGGAACCUAAAGAAGGAUCUGCCCUUUUUGAUAUGAUUGAAGAUGUUGAAAAUAAGCCGAUUCCAACUCCAUUCUACAGUGUUGUCCCCUACCCACUGACUGACCAACUUCCUGAAACAAAAACAACAGAUGACCAUAAGUCUGAAACAAGAAUGACCAGUACCAGAAGGACUCUUGAAGAAGAUGAUGAAGAUGAUGUCAGAGCAAGCAUCGAUGAAGCUUUUCUUGACCCCCCUCAGAUUACUAGCCUGAUAAAAGAGAGCAAGUUAUCCAUUGAGACCGCAGAUGAUAGAUCUAGUUUUAUGUCUGCUGUGAAGCAGCCUUCAGUAGCUUUGCUGACUUACUUGCAAGAAGAGCUCCCAGCAGACCAGGAAGGCGAGGCAGAUGACGUCACUCAGUUGUUUCCCCCUGUUGCAACGAAACCAACUACCAAUGGAAUAUGCGAGUGGCUGAAUUUGCAGUUGGCUCCACCACCUCCUAUGUAUCGCCCAUUUGUUAUCAUGGAGGAAGAAACAAAAACAGCAACAAGAAAGUCAUUACUGAAAGAAAGAAAAAGCUUACCUAGAAAUUCGAUUGAGUUAUCAAAGUAUCCAUCCAAAAUCGAGAAAGUCAGAAAAGAAGAAAAGUUUGCUCGUCCAGGAGAAUACAUAUUGAUAGUUCAGGAUGUGACAAACCCACCCUUCAUGGGGCGAAGGUUGGAGCCCGCGUACCUGGUUAUUCAACUGACAGAGCCUCAGGAAACCAUAAUCAAGAAGAAAAGAAAGGGUGACAAGAGAUCAAAGUAA